AACAUGCGCAAUGCGCGCAAUGAGCGAAUGAAGACAUGAAGGUGCGCGGAGGAUCGUAAGCGUACACAGUGCGUGAGAGCUGGGGUUUCAAACUUAUUUUCAUUAGUCGAGAUGGACGACCUUUUAGACAGCCUGUCAUCGGACCUCCGAGUUUCGACGGACGCGAACAGCACUGCCGCGCAGCAUCCGAGGUUUGCCUCGUACAAAGUCAAAUACAGCGCCUCUUCGCAGUCGGAAAGACGCCGAGAAUUCAUCGAGAAACAAAAACAGCGUAGAUUCGACUUCCAGCAACAUGCACGUAACUUGGCAGACGGGUUCGGGAGUUGCACCGGCAGUAGUACCAAGAGGGACCCCGAAGAGAAGAUGGAUUGCAGCGUCCAGAAACCCAGGAGGAAUACAGACAGGCUGUACAGAAACCAGCUCAUGCUGUCCGAGUGGCUGGUGGAGUACCCUGAACAGUUUGAAGAGGACUGGGUGAUGAAGCUGUGCCCUGUUGGAAAGCGCUGUCUUGUCAUCUCCUCUAAGGGCUCAACCAAAGCGUAUGCCAGGAACGGCUAUCACAUGGCCACCUUUUCUUCGCUGCUUCCGGGAGGCAGCAAAGGCGUCGAGGGAAAAUUCUCAGAUUACUGCCUUCUCGACUGCAUCUACUCCGAGCUACAAAAGGUAUAUCACGUCCUGGACCUGAUGUGCUGGAAGUCGCACCCAAUCUUUGACAGCGAGGCGGACUUCCGGUUCUACUGGCUCGACGCCAAGCUGGAGGAAAUCCCAGAGGUGAAAGAAGCCAGCGAGGAGAACCGGUACCGGUUCAUACCCCUUCCACGGUACCCCUGUUCUGCUCAGGGCCUUACAGCUGCCAUGAACUCGCCGCUUCCAUUCGAAGCUGAGCUGGACGGUUUGCUGUUCUUUCACAAGAGGGCCCACUACCACCAGGGAGUGACGCCACUGGUCGGCUGGCUCAAGGCCUACAUGGUCCCGGAGAUACUGCAUUUAGACGUGCACCCUGGGUACCUGGAGCAGCGACCGUCCAAACACGAGACGGGACUCAAGGACAAGCUCGAGGCAAACAAGUCACGAACCAGGGGCCGGGUGGAAGCGCAGCAAGAGGCUCGAACUCCGAGACGGAAAUCGGGCUCGGAGAUGGACGUGUGACUCUUUGGACGGCUUUCAUCGUUCUGAAAACGGACUUUGGGCGGGUCGCGCGACGAACGCGAAAGAGACGUGGAUCUGUGAUCAUGGGACUGAAUUCUGUUUUGUCAUUUUCGUUCAUUAUUAUUCAUUUCAUUCUUGUUCAUAUUUCACAUUGAAAAGACUUCUAAUUUCAGAAGAGUUUUUAAGCAUGAUAUGGGAGAGUUCAUAGCAGAUGAGACAAAGGCUUUAGAGGAACUACUCACUGGUCUGGAAACUUCGAUAGUUUCUGCCCUAGUAAAUUUUGUCACUACAUGCAGCACUGAUCCAUGUA